AUGUCGUUCCUCUACCCGCGAACCGAUGCCCUCAAGGGUUGUCUCUCUUCACCCUUUUACGGCGCCGAGGAUGCCGGAGCUACCCUCCACCGCCGACAGCAGCCCUCGCGCUACCAAGCUCGCCCGGAGCUCUACGGCGCCUUCUCCACCGUCGACGAUGUCAAGGGCAAAGCCAAGCAGCUCAGCGCUGAAGCUGCCGCCGAGUUCGACAAGGCGAGCGCGAAAGCCCAGUCUGCCGCCGGUGGCAAGAUCGAGCUGUAUUCGGGCAAGUACUAUGCCGCCUGCACCGUUGGCGGUCUCUUGGCCUGCGGGCUUACUCACACUGCCGUGACGCCACUUGACCUCGUCAAGGUUAGGAGACAGGUGGACAGCAAACUGUACACGGGGAACUUCCAGGCCUGGGGCAAGAUCUUCAGAUCGGAGGGCCUCCGCGGAAUCAUGACCGGCUGGGGUCCAACAUUCUGGGGUUACUCGGCCCAAGGCGCGUGCAAAUACGGCUUCUAUGAGUACUUCAAGCGACAGUAUUCUGUCCUUGCAGGCCCCGAGAACGCCGAAAAGUACAAAACGCUCCUCUUCCUCUCCGCAUCGGCCUCGGCCGAGUUCCUAGCUGACAUCGCCCUUUGCCCCUUCGAGGCCGUCAAGGUCCGGAUGCAGGGCGGCAUCCCCUCCCCCUACAAGGGCACCCUCGAUGGCUUCAGCAAGGUAACGGCCAAGGAGGGCGUGGCCGGCUUGUAUAAGGGGCUGUAUCCCCUCUGGGGCCGCCAGAUCCCCUACACCAUGAUGAAGUUCGCCUCCUUCGAGACCAUCGUCGAGAUGAUCUACCAUCGCCUCCCCGGACAGAAGAGCGACUAUAGCAAAGCCGCACAGACGGGCGUUUCCUUCGUCGGCGGCUACCUCGCGGGUAUCCUCUGCGCCAUUGUCUCCCACCCGGCCGACGUCAUGGUCAGCAAGCUCAACGCGAAUCGCCAGCAGGGCGAAGCGUUCGGCGCUGCCAUUGGACGUAUCUACAAGGACAUUGGCUUUGGCGGCCUCUGGAACGGUCUUCCCGUCCGUAUCGUUAUGAUCGGCACCCUGACCGGCCUCCAGUGGAUGAUCUACGACUACUUCAAGAUCUUCAUGGGCUUCCCGACCACCGGAGGAGCUGCCCCCCCGGCCGAGAAGAAAUAG